CAGUAUAUGAGCACUAAUAAUAAUAAAACACAACAGAACAGCUUGAUUUGUCAAUAACGAUCAAAUUAAUAUUCUUUCUCAUUUCAAGACUUGAACUUUCUUUGAUUUUCUCAGAGUAAAACAAGUCUGCUAAAGAGAUGGGGGAUGCUCUAAUGGCAGAGUUUGGGCCAGCCGCUCCAUUUUUACGGAAGUCAGACAAGGAACGUCUGGAGGCCCAAACUCGCCCUUUUGACAUGAAGAAGGAAUGCUUUGUGCCCGACCCUGAGGUUGAGUAUGUCAAAGCCUCCAUCACAAGUCGAGAUGGUGACAAAGUCACUGCUGACACUGAGUUUGGAAAGACAGUAACUGUGAAGGAAGUAGAUGUUCAUCCUCAGAACCCGCCAAAGUUUGAUAAAAUCGAGGACAUGGCGAUGUUCACCUUCCUGCACGAGCCCGCUGUGCUGUUUAACCUCAAAGAGCGUUAUGCGGCCUGGAUGAUCUACACCUACUCUGGGCUCUUCUGUGUCACUGUCAACCCCUACAAGGGGCUUCCAGUGUACAACCAAGAAGUUGUCGUCGCCUACAGAGGAAAGAAAAGAACUGAGGCCCCUCCACACAUCUUCUCCAUCUCUGACAACGCCUAUCAGUACAUGCUGUCAGACAGAGAAAACCAGUCUGUUCUGAUCACUGGAGAAUCUGGUGCCGGAAAGACUGUAAACACUAAAAGAGUCAUUCAGUAUUUUGCCAGCAUUGCAGCAUCAGGCAAGAGGGAUCCAUCAAUGGAGAAAAAGGGAACUCUGGAGGAUCAAAUCAUUCAGUGUAAUCCUGCUCUGGAGGCCUUUGGUAAUGCCAAGACCAUCAGAAAUGACAACUCGUCUAGAUUUGGUAAAUUUAUCCGUAUUCAUUUUGCGGCGAGUGGCAAACUGGCUUCUGCAGAUAUUGAGACUUAUCUGCUGGAGAAGUCUCGCGUCACUUAUCAGCUGAAGGCUGAGAGAGACUACCACAUCUUCUACCAGAUUCUGUCUCAGAAGAAACCAGAACUGCUAGAAAUGCUGCUCAUCACCAACAAUCCCUACGACUACUCGUACAUCUCCCAAGGAGAGAUUCAAGUAACAUCUAUUGAUGAUCGUGAUGAGCUGAUGGCAACUGAUGAAGCUUUUGAUGUGUUGGGCUUCACUCAAGAGGAGAAGAACAGCAUCUAUAAGCUGACUGGUUCCGUCAUGCACUACGGCAACAUGAGGUUCAAACAGAAGCAAAGAGAGGAGCAGGCCGAGGCCGAUGGCACUGAGGAUGCUGACAAAGUCGCAUAUCUGAUGGGCCUAAACUCGGCUGACUUGAUCAAGGGUCUGUGUCAUCCAAGAGUCAAAGUAGGAAACGAGUGGGUCACCAAGGGACAGAAUGUUCAGCAGGUGUACUACUCUAUUGGUGCUCUGGCUAAAUCAGUUUAUGAGAAAAUGUUCAAUUGGAUGGUUGUAAGAAUCAACCAAUCUCUGGACACCAAGCAGCCUCGCCAGUAUUUCAUCGGUGUGCUGGACAUUGCUGGAUUUGAGAUCUUUGAUUUCAACACUUUUGAGCAGCUCUGCAUCAACUUCACUAAUGAGAAGUUGCAGCAGUUCUUCAACCACCACAUGUUUGUUCUGGAGCAAGAGGAAUACAAGAAGGAGGGUAUUGAGUGGGUGUUUAUAGACUUCGGCAUGGACUUGCAGGCCUGCAUUGAGCUUAUUGAGAAGCCCAUGGGUAUCAUGUCAAUCCUUGAAGAGGAGUGCAUGUUCCCCAAAGCCAGUGAUGCAACCUUUAAAGCAAAGCUUUAUGACAACCACUUGGGUAAGAAUCCCAAUUUCCAGAAGCCCAGGAUUAUCAAGGGUAGACCAGAGGCCCAUUUUGCCUUGGUUCACUACGCUGGCACUGUUGACUACAACAUUUCAAACUGGCUGGUGAAGAACAAGGAUCCUCUCAAUGAGACUGUUGUAGGGUUGUUCCAGAAGUCAACUCUAAAGCUGUUGGGUAUUCUGUUUGCUAAUUAUGCCAGUGCUGACGCAGAAUCUGGUGGUAAGGGUGGCAAAGGAGGUAGCAAAAAGAAGGGUUCUUCUUUCCAAACAGUGUCUGCCCUCCAUAGGGAGAAUUUGAACAAGCUGAUGACCAACUUGAGGUCCACUCACCCUCACUUUGUGCGUUGCCUGAUCCCCAAUGAGACCAAGACUCCUGGGGCGAUGGAGAAUCCUCUGGUCAUGCACCAGCUGCGCUGUAACGGUGUGCUGGAGGGCAUCAGAAUCUGCAGAAAGGGCUUCCCCAACAGGAUCCUGUAUGGAGAUUUUAAGCAACGUUACCGCAUCCUAAAUCCUGCUGCUAUCCCUGAGGGACAGUUCAUUGACAACAAAAAGGGUGCAGAAAAACUUUUGGGCUCUCUGGACAUUGAUCACAGCCAGUACAAGUUAGGACACACUAAGGUGUUCUUUAAGGCUGGUCUUUUGGGUACACUUGAGGAGAUGCGAGAUGACCGUCUUGCACUUAUCAUAACUGGCAUUCAGGCCAGAUCUCGUGGCUUUCUGUCAAGAGUGGAGUUCCAGAAAAUCGUGGAGAGAAGAGAUGCUUUGUUAGUUAUCCAGUGGAAUGUACGUGCCUUCAUGGGUGUCAAGAAUUGGCCCUGGAUGAAGCUCUACUUCAAGAUCAAACCACUCCUGAAAAGUGCUGAGACUGAAAAGGAGAUGGCCAACAUGAAGGAGGAAUUCACCAAGUUGAAGGAGGCUUAUGCCAAAUCUGAAGCCCGCAGAAAAGAGCUUGAGGAAAAGAUGGUUUCUAUUCUCCAAGAGAAGAAUGACCUGCAGCUUGCAAUGCAGUCUGAACAAGAUAAUCUUACAGAUGCUGAGGAGAGAUGUGAGGGUCUGAUCAAGAACAAGAUUCAGCUUGAGGCCAAAGCCAAAGAGCUGACAGAGAGACUGGAGGAUGAAGAAGAAAUGAAUGCUGAGCUGACUGCAAAGAAGAGAAAGCUGGAGGAUGAAUGUUCUGAGCUGAAGAAAGACAUUGAUGAUCUUGAGCUCACUCUGGCCAAAGUGGAGAAAGAGAAACAUGCCACCGAGAACAAGGUAAAAAACCUAACUGAAGAGAUGGCAGGUCUGGAUGAAAUCAUUGCCAAGCUGACCAAGGAGAAGAAAGCUCUACAGGAGGCCCAUCAGCAAACGCUGGAUGACCUCCAGAGUGAGGAAGACAAAGUCAACACUCUCACUAAAUCCAAAGCCAAGCUGGAGCAACAAGUGGAUGAUCUUGAGGGUUCCCUGGAACAGGAAAAGAAACUUCGGAUGGAUCUAGAGAGGGCAAAGAGGAAGCUUGAGGGAGACUUAAAGUUGACUCAAGAGAAUGUGAUGGACCUGGAGAACGACAAACAACAGCUGGAAGAGAGGCUUAAAAAGAAAGAUUUUGAGAUGAGUCAGCUCAAUAGCAAGAUUGAAGAUGAACAGGCAAUGGCAGCCCAACUCCAAAAGAAACUUAAGGAGCUGCAGGCCCGGAUUGAAGAGCUUGAGGAAGAGCUGGAGGCUGAGAGAGCCGCUCGUGCCAAAGUGGAGAAACAGAGGGCAGAUCUGGCCAGAGAACUGGAGGAUAUCAGUGAGCGGUUGGAGGAAGCUGGUGGUGCCACUGCUGCCCAGAUUGAGAUGAACAAGAAACGUGACGCUGAGUUACAGAAACUGCGCAGAGACCUUGAAGAGGCCACUCUGCAUCAUGAGGCCACCGCUGCUACACUGAGGAAGAAACAUGCCGACAGUGUGGCUGAUCUUGGAGAGCAGAUUGACAACCUUCAGAGAGUCAAGCAGAAGCUUGAGAAAGAGAAGAGUGAACUAAGACUGGAACUGGAUGAUGUGGUCUCAAACAUGGAACAGAUUGUCAAGGCCAAGACAAACCUAGAGAAAAUGUGCAGAACUCUGGAAGACCAGAUGAGCGAGUACAGAACCAAGGCUGAAGAAGGCCAGCGUACAAUCAAUGAUUUCACCAUGCAGAAAGCCAAGCUGCAAACUGAGAAUGGUGAACUGUCCAGACAGCUAGAGGAGAAAGACUCCCUGGUCUCUCAGCUGACAAGAGGAAAGCAGUCCUAUACCCAGCAGAUUGAAGACCUCAAGAGACAACUGGAGGAGGAAGUCAAGGCUAAGAAUGCCCUGGCCCACGCAGUGCAGUCUGCCCGUCAUGAUUCUGAUCUGCUGAGGGAGCAGUUUGAGGAGGAGCAGGAAGCCAAAGCUGAACUGCAGCGUAGUCUCUCCAAAGCAAACUCUGAGGUGGCCCAGUGGAGAACCAAGUAUGAAACUGAUGCCAUCCAGAGGACUGAGGAGCUCGAGGAUGCCAAGAAGAAACUUGCUCAGCGUCUCCAGGAUGCAGAAGAAGCUGUGGAAGCUGUCAAUGCUAAAUGCUCCUCUCUGGAGAAGACCAAGCACAGACUUCAGAAUGAGAUUGAAGAUCUUAUGGUUGAUGUGGAGAGAUCUAAUGCUGCUGCUGCUGCUCUGGACAAGAAACAAAGAAACUUUGAUAAAGUCCUGGCUGAGUGGAAACAGAAGCAUGAGGAAUCCCAAACGGAACUAGAAAGUGCUCAAAAAGAAGCCAGAUCUCUCAGCACUGAACUCUUUAAAUUGAAGAACUCAUAUGAGGAGUCACUGGACCACCUGGAGACAAUGAAGAGGGAAAAUAAGAACCUCCAAGAGGAAAUUUCCGACCUUACUGAGCAACUUGGUGAGAGUGGGAAGAGUAUUCAUGAACUGGAGAAAGUUCGCAAACAACUGGAGCAGGAGAAACAGGAGAUACAAGCUGCCCUGGAAGAAGCAGAGGGUUCACUUGAGCAUGAAGAAGGAAAGAUCCUUAGAGCUCAACUGGAGUUUAACCAGAUUAAAGCUGACAUUGAACGCAAACUGUCUGAGAAAGAUGAAGAGAUGGAGCAGGCCAAGAGGAACCAGCAGAGAAUGGUGGAUACCCUGCAGACCUCACUUGAAGCAGAGACUCGCAGCAGGAAUGAAGCUCUCAGGAUAAAGAAGAAGAUGGAAGGAGAUCUCAAUGAAAUGGAGAUUCAGCUCAGUCAGGCUAACAGACAGGCAGCAGAAGCUCAGAAACAACUCAAGGGUCUUCAUGGACAUCUCAAAGAUGCCCAACUGCAGCUGGAUGAUGCUCUUCGGGGUAAUGAUGAACUCAAAGAGAACAUUGCCAUCGUAGAAAGACGCAACAAUCUGCUGCAAGCUGAACUGGAUGAACUGAGAUCUCUGGUGGAACAGACUGAGAGAGGAAGGAAACUGGCUGAGCAGGAACUGCUGGAUGUCAGUGAGAGAGUUCAGCUGCUGCAUUCUCAGAACACUAGCCUGCUGAAUCAGAAGAAGAAGCUAGAGGGAGACAAUUCUCAGCUUCAGACUGAGGUGGAGGAGGCUGUGCAGGAGUGCAGGAAUGCUGAAGAAAAAGCCAAGAAGGCCAUCACUGAUGCUGCCAUGAUGGCUGAGGAGCUGAAGAAGGAGCAGGACACCAGUGCUCAUCUGGAGCGUAUGAAGAAGAACAUGGAGCAGACCAUCAAGGACCUGCAGCACCGUCUGGAUGAAGCUGAGCAGAUCGCCAUGAAGGGUGGCAAGAAGCAGGUCCAAAAACUGGAAGCCAGGGUCAGAGAGCUGGAAAAUGAAGUUGAGAUGGAACAGAAAAAGGCCAGUGACUCUGUCAAGGGAAUUCGUAAAUAUGAGAGACGUAUCAAAGAACUCACCUACCAGACUGAAGAAGACAGGAAGAAUCUAGCUCGUCUUCAGGAUCUGGUUGACAAACUUCAGCUGAAGGUCAAGUCCUACAAGAGAACUGCAGAGGAAGCUGAGGAACAGGCCAAUGCUAACCUGGGCAAGUUCCGUAAACUGCAGCAUGAGCUGGAUGAAGCAGAGGAGAGGGCUGAUAUUGCUGAAUCUCAGGUCAACAAGCUGAGAGCCAAGAGUCGUGAUUCAGGAUCUAAGAAGGGGGUGGAUGAGGAGUGAAAAUCUCUGGAUCUCUCCAAACACUGAUUGCUGUAGCCAGUGUUUUUUUUUGUAGUUCAGUAGAAUAAACCAAACAUGCUAUGGAAAC